AUGGCUACGGACUCUGGUGAAUCAGCCAGCACAGAGGAAUCGGAGAAACCUGAUGGAGUUUCUUUGGAAUGUAGGGACCCCUCUGUUGAUGCUACUUUGACCAUGGAGGCCAGGACCAAAGAGGGUGUCAACACGCCUGCCUCUGAAGUAACUACUGAGAGAAAAAGGUUUUUCCGAAAGAGUGUGGAGAUAAUGGAGGAUGAAAAAGUCUUGGAACCCACUCCAAGGGAUGAACAAGACCCAUUCAUAGUGGAUGACCAGAGGAUGUCCCAUCUCUCUGCCAGCACACUGGUGGCAGGGCAGGAAGCCAGAAAUGAACACGGCUCAAAGGUGAAUUUGGAAACCUCAAAGGAAAGGACCAAGAAAGAGAUAGAGGAGGAGGCAGAGAUGAAAGCUGUGGCUACUUCACCAGGUGGAAGGUUUUUGAAAUUUGACAUUGAGCUAGGAAGAGGGGCCUUCAAAACAGUCUUCAAGGGUCUGGAUACAGAAACCUGGGUAGAAGUCGCUUGGUGUGAACUGCAGGACAGGAAGCUGACCAAAGUAGAGCAGCAGAGGUUUAAAGAGGAGGCUGAGAUGCUCAAGGGCCUGCAGCAUCCUAACAUUGUCCGAUUUUAUGAUUCCUGGGAAUCAACAGUUAAAGGAAAGAAGUGCAUUGUAUUGGUAACUGAGCUGAUGACAUCUGGAACACUGAAGACGUACUUAAAACGUUUCAAAGUCAUGAAGCCAAAGGUCUUAAGGAGUUGGUGUCGACAGAUCUUAAAAGGGCUGCAUUUCCUGCACACAAGGACCCCUCCUAUCAUCCACCGUGAUUUGAAAUGUGACAACAUCUUCAUUACAGGACCCACUGGUUCAGUGAAGAUUGGCGACCUGGGAUUGGCCACCUUAAUGCGCACAUCAUUUGCUAAAAGCGUCAUUGGAACUCCUGAAUUCAUGGCUCCUGAGAUGUAUGAAGAACAUUAUGAUGAGUCUGUAGAUGUCUAUGCUUUUGGAAUGUGCAUGCUGGAGAUGGCAACUUCUGAAUACCCUUACUCUGAAUGCCAGAAUGCAGCGCAAAUCUACAGAAAAGUAACCAGUGGCAUUAAACCUGCUAGUUUUAACAAGGUGACUGACCCUGAGGUGAAAGAAAUAAUUGAAGGAUGUAUUCGGCAAAACAAGUCUGAAAGGCUGUCCAUUAAAGACCUCUUGAACCAUGCCUUUUUUGCUGAAGACACUGGACUCAGAGUAGAACUGGCAGAGGAUGAUGAUGGAUUGAAUUCCUCCCUGGCUUUGAGGCUUUGGGUGGAAGACCCCAAGAAGUUGAAAGGCAAACACAAAGACAAUGAAGCCAUUGAGUUCAGUUUCAAUUUGGAGAUAGAUGUCCCUGAGGAAGUGUCUUGUGAAAUGGUUAAGUCAGGAUUCUUCCAUGAAAGUGACUCCAAAGCUGUAGCUAAAUCCAUCCGGGAUCGUAUUGCCCUGAUCAAGAAGAUAAGGGAACGAAGGCAGGUGAGCUCCCUGGAGGAGAGGAGGGACUCUCAAAGCAAGCUGCCAAGUGGACUACCAUUACUCCAGCCUCAGGGCUCCUCAUUCAGCACUCCUGCCCAGCAAAGCAAGACUGAAUGUGAGGAAACAGAGGUUGAUCAACACGUCCGACAGCAGACCAUUCAACAAAUGCAGCACAGCUCCUCCCUCACUGCUGACAGUUUAUCUGAAAAAGGGACAGGAUCAGUUAUACUGUCAGAUACCUCCAGCCAACAUAGCCUGGCCUUCUCUUCAGAACAGAUGAGAGGCACCCAGCAAGCCCUCAACCUCUCACAAGCUGACAACAGUGUUCAAGGGCAUAUCUAUACUUCUCAGCAGCUGGUGGGGCAUUACCAGUCCACGACAGGGGUUCAAGUGCAGCAGCAGCCAACGAAUGCAGCCCACCCCAAUGUUUUAUCACUAAUCCAGAAUCAGCCUUCAGCUCCACCUACCCAUACCUUGGCACCCCCUGCAGCUCCACAAGCCCAGACCUCCCCUGUUGCAGUUCAGCAGUUCACACCAAGGAUGCCUCCAGAUACACAGGUAUCCUACAAUGCAGAGGGGCAGCCAUUGAAUGGAUCCAUCAUGGCCGUUCCUCAGCAGAUCUUGACAGUCACUUCUCCUCAGACUAUACCUGUUCCACAGAUGGUGAACAAGAACCUGUCAACGAACAUACAGUUGACGACUGCUAGAAUUGGGAACCAGGCUUCAGCUACUGCAGUGUCGGUGGAACUAGAGCAUCCAUCUGCCAACUUGGUGCCUGCUAGUCAUUCACCUGUGCUACAGGGGCAGCCUUCAGUUCAGUUUGUCAGCAGCAUACAAAGUUUAGGGCAGGGCCUCACUAAUUCUUCACCACUCCAGGCAGUUUCACAAGGUGUCAUACCCACUCAGCAACCCCAGCAAGUUCCCCAGCAGGUGGCACCUGUGCAACAGAGUCAGCAAGCAUCGCAGCAGGUUGCAUCUACACAGCAGAUUCCUCAGCAGUUGGUGGCUACACAGCAGCCCCAGCAAGUUCCCCAGCAGGUGGUCUCCAUGCAACAGGGCCAGCAGGUGUCAUUGAUGCAGCAGCCGCAGCAGAUACCUCAGCAGAUGGCAUCUGUACAGCAGCCACAGCAGGUGCCCCAGCAUGUUCCUCAGCAGGUUGCAUCUGUCCAGCAACUUCAGCAGGCAGCAGUUAUUCACCAGUCCCCACAAGUUCCACAACAACUGGGCUCCAUUCAGCAGUCUCCGCAAGUUCCCCAGCAGAUCUCCUUCCAGCAACCUCAGCAGAUGGGUCCCGUUCAGCAGCCGCAGCAAGUUAUGUCUGUUCACCAGGUGUCUUCCAUACCACAGACUAUGGCACCAACACAGCAGGGUCUGCAGUAUCCAGGAAUGCCCCUAGAUACUUUGGCACAGGCUUCCCUGCCCCAGCAAGAACAGCAGCCUGUUCAGAUGCACCAAUCCACAGAUCAACAUCCUUGUGUAACACAGCAGAUGUUAUUUCACUUGCCUGUGCAACAGCAGAAACAGGAGCAGUUUGUUCUCCAUGCCAGCUCCAUAGAGCACUUGCCAGCUGGGACUCAGCAAGACAUGGAAAAGCAGCAGCCGGCUGAGCUCUCAGGUUCAACUCCAGAACAGGUGGCUUACCCUGUGCAAACACAAUACAAGCUGCAAGGCCAAGAGCAGCUAAUAUACCCGCCACAGCUCCCACACCAGCUACCAGCUGCAGAGCAGCUGACACAUCAAAUUCAGCCAACAAGCCAGCUGCAGGGCCUAGAGCAAGCUGCAUGUCAGAUGCAUGUCACUUACACACCAGCAUAUGUUCAGCAGCAGUCAGUGGGCCAGGCAUCUGUGUUAUCAGCAGAGUCAGUUGUCCAGAAGCAGGUGGCUUCUAAGAGUUCUGCUGCAGCACCUGUAAACCAGCAAGUAUCACUUAGUACAGUGACUCAGCCACACCAAGAGCAUGUUCAAGGACAUGACACCCCACAGGUUUCCACCUCUGCAUCAGAGCAACAACCAAUGGUCCAAAAGCAAGAUUCUGUUCAAGGACCAGUUGCUGACCUAGCCCCUCUGAAAGAAGGUGCCACUGGGUGUGACCUUCCAAGUGGAAAUGGCAAACAAGACAAGAGCAAGCAAAGGAGGACCUCCUGUGUCCGACCAGAGAAGGGAACCAAGUUUCAGCUCACUGUGCUGCAGGUGUCAACAUCUGGGGAUAACACUGUGGAGUGCCAGCUUGAGACUCACAACAACAAGAUGGUUACAUUUAAAUUUGAUGUUGAUGGAGAUGCUCCAGAAGACAUUGCUGACUACAUGGUUGAAGAUAACUUUGUGCUGGAAAAUGAGAAAGACAAAUUUGUUGAUGAACUGAGAGCCAUUGUUUACCAGGCCCAAGACAUCAUCUGCAGCCUUCCUGUGGAAGACAGAGCUUCUGGCACAGAAUCUACUUCUGAUCCAGCCAGCACUCAGACAGGAUCUUCUGAACAAGUUCAGAUAAAUCCAGCAUCUACUCAAACUGGCAGUGACUCUGCUCCCCAGUCAUCCCCUGUUGGCCGCUGGAGAUUUUGCAUCAAUCAAACAAUAAGGAACAGAGAAUCCCAGGCACCUUACACUCUUCUACAAUCAACUACAGCUGCCCCAGCAUGUCAGAUAACAGAUCAUCUAAAGGAAAGUGCCAAAGAAGAUAACCCCCAAGAAUGUUCCCCGACUGUGGAAAAUCUUAGCAAUCAGCACAGGCCUACCCAGUCUUCUAGCUCAAAUGAGCUAUUAAGUGACAGUACAUUGUCUGAACCCCAAACAUCAGAAACAGACCAGUCAGCUGUUCUUCACCAAGUGGAAGGCAGCAUGGAUAAGGUGCUGUCUGCCAUUAUUGCUGACGACAGUAAUACUAGUGCUUAUGAUUCUUCUUCUUGGCUGGAGUCUUUGGAAUCAGAGGCUCAGCCUGAUGGAACUCUUCUUUCUUCACAUACGCCCCAUCCAAUGUCUGGCAUUAAUGAGCUGAAUUUGCCUGCUGAAGCUACCAUGUCCAGACCAAACACCUGUCACGUCUUGCCCACAGAAGAGGCAGAUAACUUGAUGAAUGCUGAACAGGCCAAUGCUUUGGUUCAGGGCUCAGGCCUGGAAAGUGCUCCCUUUCCAUCUGCUCUGGAAUCAGAUAGUGAAGGUCCCCCAAAGAUGGAUUUUGUUGAUAACAACAUCAAAACUCUGGAUGAGAAGUUGCGGACGCUUCUGUACCAGGAACACAGCUUGUCAGGUACUUCCCCUGAAAGCCAGAAGGACACACAAAGUGCAGUGGAGUCACCGUUCUCUUCAUCUGCUGAAGAUACUCUCCCUUGCCCAGUAACUGACGCACCGGACAUUCAUGCCUCUGGAGAGACUCAGGAAAGUCCCACCAAGCUUUCUGAUCCCCAGGCUCUGCUCAUCCCAUCUGCAAGUCAUCCUGAGAGUUUACCAGUGCUGAGGAGGGAGCCCAGUGCUAUCGCCUCUGCUCCUAGUGAUCUCUGUAUGCAUGAGAUGACCCCGGAGGCUUCAUUUCCUGAGACCCCUGCGGCCUGUCCUGCUUCAGCAUCAAGUGGUGGAGCUGUGCACCUGCAUGCAGGAGGUGGAUAUUUUGGCCUAAGCUUUACUUGCCCUAGUCUCAAAAACCCUAUUAGCAAGAAAUCCUGGACUCGCAAAUUAAAAAGCUGGGCAUACAGGCUACGGCAGACCAGCUUUUUCAAGAGAUCAAAAGUCCGGCAAGUUGCAACAGAAGAGAUGACUGGUGAUGUGGCACCUGAUUGGAUUUCUCUUUCUGAACAAGCAACAAUGGAGAAUAAAGCAACUAGUCAUUCUUUAUCUGUGGCUGGAUCAUUCCAACGAGGCCGUUUUCAGGUCAUCAUGGUGCCACAACAGCUGGCUUCAGGUGGUUCAGAAAGUGAGCCUCGUGAGAUACCUUCUUCCUUGGAACCUGGGGCAGAAGAAGGGGUUUCCAGGCAAGGAGAGAUUGUUACGUUGGCCAAUACCGUGGGUGAAACAGAUGCAUCCUCCACCACUCCUGAGCAGCGGGAAAUGGAGGACACCUCUGCCACUGCUAGCAGCAUGCAGUCUGGCUCAGACCCAUGGUCCAAAGGUGCUUUUGUGCGAAAGCAGCCUAGUUCUGACAGUGAACUUUCUGCCCCCAUGGGCAGCAGCCUGGAAGGCUGGGAGCGAAGCCAGCAGUUGCAGGAGGAGAAGAGUGGAACCCACACAAAGAGGCGCAGUUCCCUCUUUUACUCUCCAUCUUCUCCUAUGAGCAGUGAUGAUGAAUCUGAAAUUGAAGAUGAGGACCUGAAAGUGGAGCUACAGCGUUUGAGAGAGAAACACAUUCAGGAGGUAGUGAACCUUCAGGCUCAACAGAACAGAGAGUUGCAGGAGUUAUAUGAACGACUCCGCUCCAUCAAAGUUUGCCGAUCAGAAUCAUCUGAUGUCUCCCUGCAACUGUCAUCUCCACGUCGGCCCAAGUCUUUCAAAAGCAAGCUGCGUAGCAGGCCCCAGUCUCUCACACACGUCGAUAAUGGCAUUGUUGCUGCUGACCAGCUCUGCAUUGUUAGCAGCACUGCCUCUUGUCAGCAGACUACAGCCAGUAAGAAAGGGAUGUUCACUGAUGACUUGCAUAAACUGGUGGAUGAUUGGACAAAAGAAAAGGUGGGAAACUCUCUUAUCAAGCCAAGCCUCAACCAGAUCAAGCAGAACAAGCACCGGCUAGACACUGAUAGCUGGAGCAAGGUAUAUGAGACACCAACCUCUACAGUGGGCUACACAUCCACGUGGAUUUCCUCACUUUCCCAGAUCCGGGGGACUGUACCAGCUGCUUUGCCCCAAGGACUUCCCCUGUCACCCUUUUCUGGCCCACUGACGCCAUAUGGAGUACCCCACAUAUGCCAGUACAACACCAUGACGGGGACAGCUUAUCCAGUGCAAUGGAUGGGCAUUUCAGGGACGGCCCAGCAGUCUGUUGUCGUCCCUGCUCAGUCUGUGGGACCAUUUCAGCCAGGGAUAAGCAUGCCAGCGUUUCCAGCGUCACCUGUGCAAAACCCAGCUCCUAUCCCCCCAGGUCCUAAAUGA